GGCUACCGUGGCGGCGGCGACAUGGCCUCGGAGCGGGACGUGCGCGCCCGGCUGCAGCGCGCGGGCCAGGAGCACCUCCUGCGCUUCUGCGCCGAGCUGGCGCCGGGGCCGCGCGCCGCGCUGCUGGCCCAGCUGGAGCCCCUGGAGCCGGAGGCGCUGCGCGAGCACUGCCGGCGCGCGGCCGACGCCUGCGCGCGCCCCCCGGGCCCGCCGCCCGACCUGGCCGCGCGCCUGCGGCCCCUGCCCCCCGAGCGCGUGGGCAGCGCGAUCGGGGGCGACCCCGAGACGCGGCGGCUCUGGGAGGAGGAAGGUUUCCACCAGAUCGCCCUGAACAAGGUGGCGGUGCUGCUGCUGGCUGGGGGGCAGGGCACUCGCCUGGGCGUGGCCUACCCCAAGGGCAUGUAUCAGGUGGGGCUGCCCAGCCGGAAGACCCUGUAUCAGCUGCAGGCGGAGCGGAUUCGGCGGGUGGAGCAACUGGCUGGCGAGCACUAUGGGACCCGCUGCACCGUGCCCUGGUACAUCAUGACCAGUGAGUUCACGCUGGGGCCCACGGCCAAGUUCUUCAAGGAGCAUGACUUCUUCCACUUGGACCCGGACAACGUGGUCAUGUUCGAACAGCGCAUGCUGCCUGCCGUGACCUUCGAUGGCAAGGCCAUCCUAGAGCAGAAAGACAAGGUUGCCAUGGCCCCAGACGGCAAUGGGGGCCUGUACUGCGCGCUGGCAGACAACCAGAUCUUAGAGGACAUGGAGCGGCGAGGAGUGGAGUUUGUGCACGUGUACUGCGUGGACAACAUCCUCGUGCGGCUGGCGGACCCGGUCUUCAUCGGCUUCUGCGUGCUGCGCGGUGCAGACUGUGGCGCCAAAGUGGUGGAGAAGGCCUACCCCGAGGAGCCCGUGGGCGUCGUGUGCCAGGUGGACGGCGUCCCCCAGGUGGUGGAGUACAGCGAGAUCAGCCCCGAGACGGCGCGACGGCGCGCACCCGGCGGGGGCCUGCUCUACAACGCGGGCAACAUCUGCAACCACUUCUUCACGCGAGACUUCCUCCAGAGGGUCACCAGGGAGUUGGAGCCCUUGCUGAAGCCACAUGUAGCUGUGAAGAAGGUCCCCUACGUGGACGAGGAGGGGACUCCAGUAAAGCCGCUCGAGCCCAACGGGAUAAAGAUGGAGAAGUUUGUGUUCGACGUGCUUCCGUUUGCCAAGAACUUCGUGGCCUUCCAAGUGCUGCGGGAGGACGAGUUCUCCCCGCUGAAGAACGCUGACUCCGCUGACAGAGACAACCCCUCCACAGCCCGGCGGGCCCUGCUCACGCAGCACUACCGGUGGGCCCUGCAGGCCGGAGCCCACUUCCUGGACGCACACGGGGCCCGGCUCCCCGAGAAGCCCAGCCUGCCCAGCAGCGGAGAGCCUCCGGCCAUCUGCGAGAUCUCGCCCCUGGUGUCCUACUCUGGAGAGGGACUGGAGGCAUACCUGCAAGGCCGGGAGUUCGGAUCCCCGCUCAUCCUAGACGAGAACCAGGCCAGGGCGCUGAAGCCCUGACUCCCUCCUGGACCUGCCAGCCCCAGGGCCCCCAAGGCUGAGGACGCAGCCCCGGCCUGGGCUCCGGGAAGGAAAGCGGGCCGCUGAGUUUCUGAAACACGGAUCACAGAAGGGAGCCCGCCGGUUUACCCCACGAGGGCGGGGACUCUGCCGUCACCCCGUCCCCUGGACACAAGUGCCCCCAGACCUGCCUUGGGCCCUGUGGGCUUUCCGGCUUCGGGUCUGGGUGGGAAGCAGAGGCCCUCAGGACCCUGGACACUGGCUUCAGAGGAGGCUGGGGCGGGGCCUGAGGGAGGGUGGCAUCCUGGGGGAGCAGGGCCAGCCUCUGUCUGAGGCAGACCCAAGAGGACAGGAUGGUGGCCCCUUGGCCCCGCCCGUGCUCCCCCGGGGUGAGGAGGGAACACAGGAGGGGACGGUGUCCUCCCCUCACAGGGUGACAGGCUUGAAGGGACAGCCCCUCCCACCUGGCUUGUGAACCUGGGGGGUCACAGCCAGCCCCCCAUUCCUGCCCAGCUUGAGGCCACAACAGAAGGUCCCCGACGCGUCACUGAGCAGGGCUGGUUGCACCAGCGAGCCGCGGCUGUGGGGCAGCUUGGCCCACAUGCCCGGGGCUGAAUGCUCCCCAUCUCUGCCCAAGGCCUCGGGCCCUGGGUCUCCUCUGCGGCGGGUUGGGACUCCUGAGUUUGUGCCUCCCCCGGGAACCAGGGGCUUCCGCAGUGGUUGGUGAAUCUGGAAUGUACCCACCAGGGGGCUGCCAUCCUCUGCCUGGCCUGCCUGUAGCUGUGACGGAUCUUGGGGCUCAGGCCCCUUGGGGAGGGGGGCACAGCCUCCCAACUUGGGGCGGCAGACCCCUGGCUGCAGCCCGGCCGAGGCUGGGAGGAACCAGCUGGUCCUGGUCCCUUGCCCAGCUUAGCUGCUCUGGGCCCCGCUGCCGGCUUCUCUGUCUGGGAAGCGGUGCAGGGUACAUGUCUCUUCUGCGGAUGCGGAUGCGUCCACACGGCUGCCACAGGGCCUCGGCCGCGUGCCUCUCCCCGCCUCUCGUAGCCGAGGUCUCCCCCCGGGAAGGGUGAGCCCGGCCGGCGGGCUCAGGUGCAGUCUUCCCUCCAGUGGCCUGGAGUGGACACUGGGCGCACCCACAUCCCUGACCUCGGCGUGAUGGCAGGGUCAGGGCCAUGGUGGCGGCCCCGAAGACAUCUCUGCACCGUCCAGCCUGCCUGGCUUUCCAAACCCCAGAACCCAACAUUGUGCCUGAGCUGCCUUCUCCGUGCUGCUCCGCAGGCGGGCAGAGGGCCUGGGGCAGAGGAGGGUCCCGCCCCGGUCCAGGGCCACCACUGCUGCCACCGCCGCACCCCCGAGGAACCUUUGCUACAAGGGGAGCUGGUUGGGCGAACUAGUCAAAGAGCUGGAGUCUGAAGAAUCUUUUGUUUUCAUAUAAUUGUGCCUUUAUGUAAAAUUUCAAGUUAGCACAGGGAGGUCCAGGGACCCCACGCCGCAGACCCGCAACAUUUUGUGUCGUCUGUGAUUGCGGAACACUGCAAGCCAGCCAGGAGACGCUGAGGGACUCCACACAGCUGUGGCUUCCCGUGCCCUCACACCUGUCCUGUCCCCCGAGAGGCCCUCCUGCUACCUCGAUGGCCGCACCCCCGCACCGUCCCCAACCCAGACAACCUCGAAUGAAGCAGCUGAGCUUGGAAAGAUGGCCAGACUCGUGACCUUGCAUGUGAUGCGGGGAUUUCAAAUAAACACAGGGUGCUGUGA